GUGAAUGGGGCGCAUCCGGUGUGGCGGCGCGGCCGGGGCCGGCGCUGGGAUCCGUGAGCGGGCCCGGGGGUCCCGGGUCAGGAAUUCCUGAGGGGGCGUGGGGUCCCUGAGCGGGCCGAGGCAUCCCGGCGGAGCCGCGAUGUCGAUGUCACACCUGUACGGCACGGACGGAGACGAUGGCGUGGAGAUGGAGAACUUCGAGGUGUCGGACUGGGACCUGCAGAACGAAUUCAACCCGCACCGGCAGCGGCACCGCCAGACCAAGGAGGAGGCCACCUACGGCGUGUGGGCCGAGCGCGACUCGGACGAGGAGCGGCCCAGCUUCGGAGGGAAGCGCUCCAGGGAUUACUCGGCCCCCGUGAGCUUCGUGAGCGCGGGGCUCAGGAAGGCGGCGGCCGAGGAGCUCUCGGAGGAGGACUCGGAGGAUGAUGAGAAGCCUGUGAAGCAGGAGGACAUUCCCAAGGAGUUUGUGCCCAAGAAGUUAAAAACAGGUGGAAAUUUCAAGCCCAGCCAGAAAGGCUUCGUAGGGGGCUCCAAGUCCUUUGUGGAUUUUGGCAGCUGGGAGAGACACACUAAAGGAAUUGGGCAGAAGCUUCUCCAGAAGAUGGGAUAUGUCCCUGGAAGGGGUCUGGGGAAGAAUGCUCAAGGAAUCAUCAAUCCCAUCGAGGCCAAGCAGAGGAAAGGCAAAGGUGCUGUGGGCGCCUACGGCUCCGAGAGAACCACGCAGUCCUUGCAGGACUUCCCUGUGGUGGACUCAGAAGAGGAAGCUGAGGAGGAAUUUCAGAAGGAGCUCAGCCAGUGGCGGAAGGACCCGAAUGGAGGCAAGAAAAAGCCCAAGUACAGCUACAAAACAGUGGAAGAGCUGAAAGCCAAGGGCAGGAUCAGCAAGCAGCUUGCAGCCCCUCAGAAGGAGCUGUCCCAGGUCAAGGUGAUCGACAUGACGGGCCGGGAGCAGAAGGUUUAUUACAGCUACAGCCAGAUCAGCCACAAGCACAACAUCCCAGAUGACAGCCCCCAGCAGCCCCUGGGCAAGGACUCCAAGCCCCAGGGCUUUGCCCUGCCCGAGCUGGAGCACAACCUGCAGCUGCUCAUCGACAUCACGGAGCAGGAGAUCAUCCAGAGCGACCGGCAGCUGCAGUACGAGAGGGACAUGGUGGUCAACCUCAGCCACGAGAUCCAGAAGAUGGCUGAGGUGCUGUCCCACGAGGAGAAGGCCAUCAGCAACCUCAGCAAGGUGUUGGACAUGGUGGAGGAGUGUGAGAGGCGGAUGCAGCCGGGCUGUGAGAACCCCCUGACCCUGGAUGAGUGUGCCAAGAUCUUUGAGACCCUGCAGGACAAGUACUACGAGGAGUACAGGAUGUCAGACAGGGUGGACCUGGCAGUGGCCAUAGUUUAUCCUCUCAUGAAGGAAUACUUCAAGAACUGGGAUCCCCUCAAGGACUGUACAUAUGGCACAGAGAUCAUAGCCAAGUGGAAGACCCUUCUGGAAAACGAUCAGCUGUUAUCCCACAGUGGGCAGGACCUGUCAACAGAUGCUUUCCACAGACUAAUGUGGGAGAUCUGGAUGCCAUAUGUCAGGAACAUCGUGGCACGGUGGCAGCCAAGGAACUGUGGAUCCAUGGUGGAUUUCUUGGAUAGCUGGGUGAACGUUGUCCCUGUGUGGAUACUGGAUAACAUUCUGGAUCAGCUCAUCUUCCCAAAGCUACAGAAGGAGGUGGAGAGCUGGAAUCCUCUGACGGACACGGUGCCGAUCCACUCGUGGAUCCACCCCUGGCUGCCGCUGAUGCAGGCGCGCCUGGAGCCGCUGUACUCGCCCAUCCGCAACAAGCUGGCCAACGCCCUGCAGAAGUGGCACCCCAGCGACUCCUCUGCCAAGCUCAUCCUUCAGCCCUGGAAGGAUGUGUUCACUCCUGGCUCCUGGGAGGCUUUCAUGGUCAAGAACAUCGUGCCUAAACUCGGAAUGUGUCUGAAUGAGCUCAUCAUCAACCCUCACCAGCAGCACAUGGAUGCUUUUUACUGGGUGAUCGACUGGGAGGGGAUGAUUUCUGUCUCCAGCCUCGUUGGGCUGCUGGAGAAACACUUCUUCCCAAAGUGGCUGCAGGUGCUCUGCUCUUGGCUCAGUAACAGCCCCAACUACGAAGAGAUCACCAAGUGGUACCUGGGCUGGAAGUCCAUGUUCUCAGACCAGGUGCUGGCACAUCCCUCCAUCAAAGACAAGUUCAACGAAGCCCUUGACAUCAUGAACCGGGCCGUGUCCUCCAGCGUGGGUGGGUACAUGCAGCCGGGCGCCAGGGAGAACAUCGCGUACCUGACGCACACGGAGCGGCGCAAGGACUUCCAGUACGAGGCCAUGCAGGAGCGGCGCGAGGCCGAGAACAUGGCCCAGCGCGGCAUCGGCGCCGCCGCCGGCUCCGUGCCCAUGAACUUCAAGGACCUCAUCCAGACCAAGGCCGAGGAGCACAACAUCGUCUUCAUGCCCGUCAUCGGGAAGAGGCACGAGGGCAAGCAGCUCUACACCUUCGGCAGGAUCGUCAUCUACAUCGACAGGGGCGUGGUGUUCGUGCAAGGGGAGAAGACCUGGGUGCCCACCUCGCUGCAGAGCCUCAUCGACAUGGCCAAGUGAGGUCUCUGAGCAAGGGCAGACCACUCUGGGUGCCCACUUCACCGCAGAGUCUCAUAGACAUGGCCAAGUGAGGCCUUUGUGCAAGGGGAGACCAGCCUGGGUGCCCACCUCGCUACAGUCUCAUCGACAUGGCCAAGUGAGAUCUCUGUGGAAGGGAAGACCACUCUGGGUGCCCACCUCACUGUAGAGCCUCACCAACAUGGCCAAGUGAGGCCCUGCUGGGGACUGAGUCACCAGCCAGGAACAGCCUCUGGGUAACCCUUAGAAUAAAGUUCCAGGUUUGUAAAUAGUGA